UAGUUCUAGAAGCUGUAUCUUAAGAAGCUAAGUGAAACAAAUGCUAGCCUUUGCGCAGAGUCUAGUUAGAAACAAAAUCGUGCGACUGCAACAAGUGACGCAGCAUAAAGGGUACACGAAUGCAGAGGGUGAACAACAAACAUCGACCUUGUUGUUGUCCCCCACGGUACGUCAUGUGAGGUCUCGUGCCCAGUGGACAUUGAACAUAAGAGAAGAUCAACAAGAAAUCCAUAUUAUAUGAGAACAUAUAAUAUCAGCACCAGAGAUUAAGAAAUAUGGCGACAUUUGAACCCCGGUGCAAACGCGUGGUAGACGUAAGAUGUUGAUUUGGCACAAAUGGACGCUAUCGCCGAGAUUGGAAUACUCAAUGAACUUUUUGAAAUUCCUUCCAUAUUAUGAUCAAUUACCAAACAGUGAACAGGUGUACACUGUCAGAUAUUAUUCCGGUUAAUAUCACUAACCAUAGAGUAUAAUCAUUUAACUUGGAAGAAGAUACGGAAUAUUCACUGAUGAGAUCAUUCACAAACAAUAAAAGGAUCUUAUUGUAUAAAAUACUUUAUAAUUAACAAAUAAAUAUAGUCGGAAUACUAUAAAAGAACGUUUCGAUGAUUGGGUGCGUAAUUUACACCAAUUAUGGUGUUAUGUUCACAUUCAAUGAAAAUUGCACCAUCCAUAUGGGAAUAGACACAGAGGCGUUCGUGGUCGAGAAAAGUGAUGCCCAUGUCGCCCAAGGUUGCAUUUUGCGCCUCGAAUGCGACCAAACACUGAUAUCAAAAAUCGACGCCGACCUAGUACAUGCGCUGGAGAAGCGCAAGGGAUGCAUCGUUAUAACUUCAAACGGCAACAAAUUUGAGUUCGAUCCCGGGACCUUGCUUUACGUCCGAGAAGGAUGCACCUUGUAUGGACACUUCGGCAGUACGCUAUAUGUAGCAUGCGGGAUAUUUUGCUGUUGUGAUGUUCUAGGAUACAAACAGCAGAAAAUGUGCAAAGGUACGGAGAACAAUGUAUUCAAACAUGAAACAAAUGGACAUAAUGAGCCUAUAAAAACAAUAAACACCAAUGGGAACGAUUCUUGUGGAUUGUUAAACAAAGCUGACACCACCAAGUUGGAAAAUGCAAUCAAUGGAAAUGACAUUGAUGGAGAUGUCAAAGGAACUGACAUCAUAAGGUCUGAAAUCAAAUCAAUUGAUACUAAAACAGGAACUGACAAAAUAAAUCACUCGAAUGGAAACAGUUCACAUAUGAAUAACAUCAAUGGAAAUCAUAUUGAAAACGGGAAUGGAAUAAUUGAUCCCUAUGGUAACAGAAAUGACGGGAAUGGACGAAUCCUUCAUGAGAAUUACGAGAACAAACACAAAGGACAUAUUAGGGCUAAUGGUACACACAGUGUUUUCCAUUCAUAGGACUUUCUUCAUCACUAUUUUAUUAAAGAG